AACAAGAGGCAGGAGUUCAAAGUUAGCAACGGAUUGCACAACUUCUACGCCGGGUGACUAUUAACAAGCUGGAUCAGCGGCUGCGGGAGCAGCAGCAACUGAAAACGCGCGGGGAGACGGCUCAUCCACUGCCCCCACCAGCCUGGUCCCCAAGUUUGAUGUUCUCCUGCUGCCUUUGGGACUCACCAUGUCUCCCUUUGGAAGGAAUCUCUUAAAGACCCGCCACAAAAAUAGGUCGUCUGUGAAAGAAAUGGGCUCCAGUGAACAAGAAAUCAUAGUCUGGGUUUGCCAGGAAGAGAAGAUUGUCAGUGGACUGACUAAACACACAACUUGCCUGGAAGUAAUUGAAGCUUUGCUGGAAGAACAUCAGACAACAUUGGCAGAGAAGAGAUUUCUCUUUGGGGAAUGUAAAGAUUACUGCAUUAUAGAAAAAUGGAGAGGUUCUGAGCGGGUUCUUCCACCUCUCACAAAAAUGCUCCGACUCUGGAAAGCCUGGGGGGAAGAGCAACCUAAUUUGCACUUUGUCUUGGUCAAGGCAGAUGCUUUCCUUCCCUUGCCUUUGUGGAGGACAUCUGAAGCCAAGAUAGUUCCAAACCUAGAAAUGCACUUGGAUCUGAGUCCAGCAAAUUAUAUGAAGAUGUUGACAGUGGACAAACAAAAGAGAAUUCUUAGAAAAACCUUUAAGAAACUGGCCAAACUUAAACAGGAAGGAGUUCUGCAGGAGAGGGACAAUAUAGAGACACUAAUCCAUCUCAUCCUUUCUCAAGACCAUACUAUUCACCAACAGAUUAAUAGAAUGAAGGAACUAGAUAUGGAAAUUGAAGAGUGUGAAGCCAAAUUCCAGCUUGAAAGUGAUGGGGAAAAUUAUGUCCAAGAGUCUUAUUUAAUGUCAUCUUGUAGCAGUUCUGAACAGCUAAUGGAAAUGCCUCACAACCAUCAGCAGGAAAGUUCAAACAAAUAUGAUGGGAUUUUACAAGUGGAAGAAGGACUAAGGCACCACAAGUUAAUGAUUGAAAAGCUCUCUGCUGAAAUUGAACAAGAGGUUAAGGAAAGUGAAAAAAAUGGAGACAUACGGACAGAAGACGCAUCUAAAGGUGAAGUGGAAAACACUAAUCUAGAAAGUGUUAAGAAUGAGCUAGAGAGAAGUAUGAAAGAUGCUCUAAGGAUUCAUUCUCAGUUGAAUUGCAUAGAGCAGGAACUAAAAUAUCGGGACUUGAUGCUUCAAAGGAAGGAAAAAGAAUAUGAACUACUUGUAGAAGAGCUUAGUGGUUUGCAUGCUAAAGAUAAAAAUAUAUUCAGGUAUCCAAUCAGUGAAGAGGAAAUGAAGGACAAUGAAACUGGAACCUGUACAAAAAACUUUCCAGGAACAGACCUUCUUCAAAAAAUGACAAAUUUAGACCUAAAUGAUACAGACUCCGACACUGGGAUCAGUUCUACUCACAGCCAAGACUCAGAGACAGCUAUAGGAGACACAUUGCUUUGUCCACAUAGUUGAAAACAAUUAUUUUAACUGAGGCAAAUGUAAUAUUUGCACCCUUUAAAAAUCACAUGGGAAAUAUGGCACUUUUUAAAAUUGAAUCUAAUUCUAAUGGGAUAAGUUUUCCUGAUUUUUUUUUAUAGAAAUAAAUCAAGCAAGUCAUAAGCCAAAUCUUAUAAACAGAAAGGAAUAUACAAUAAAAUUAUAUUCCCCUUUUUUAAAAAAAUAUAGCAAAUUCAACUAUUAAUCAAACAUGUAGAUACAGACUAAUUAAUCAGAUUUGGGAGAGAUGGACAGAAGUAUAAGUUCGUAUACCAAUACAAAUUCUCCUUUGUAUGCAUUAUCAGUCCAUAGAAUUCUAUGGGGAAUAUUGUUUUUUGUUUUUAUAUACUGAUUCACUGCCAAUUCAAUGCGAUAACAAUGUGGAUAUUUUGCAAUGCAAAGUCUAAUCUUCGAAUGUCUGUGAUAUUUGUGGAAAAUGUAUGGCGUUAGAGCUAGCAGUACAGCAGAUUUCUUGUGCUGCCUUUUAUUAAAUCAUAAAACAAAGUUGCUAAUCCUGUCAAAAUUCCAGAGUUGCAUAUAAGCAAUGUUUUAUCAAAUUUUCAAUAGCUCAUUUACUACUGUUGCGUAUCUCUAAAUAAGGUACAGAUUAUAAAGAUCAGUUCUUUUCCUAAAUAUAAUUGUAAGAGAAUGAAGUAAAUAAAUUUUACAGUGCCAUAAUAUAAAGAAGAAUCUGAUAACUCUUUAACCAGCAUAUGCUAGUUAAGCAAGAACAAGUGAGAACAGUACUUGGUGUAGUAAGAUGAGGCCUACGAAACUAGUAAUCCCAGAUUAUAGCAUAUGAAUGCUAUUUACCUUGGACUAAUGUAGUGAUACAGCAUUAUUUCUAUGUUUAUUUUUUUUUCUUUUAUAUUCCAACUUGAUGUUUCACUUUUUACAAACAUCAUCUACUCUAUUGUUAUUUUUAAUGACUGGGAAAAUUCUCUUCUUUGGAUUCCCCCCCCCCCAUUAACCUCUGGACAUUAUGAAGAGAUUUUCCCUAAAUAUUUUUUUUUGUUAUUAUUUUUUUAAAAAAUGUGGCUGAAUCAUUUGGUGUUAUGCUGAAUGCCUUAAUGGGAAUAUUUUUGAGUUCUGUUAUCUAUCUUGUUCCUACUGGAAAUAUAACACGAUUAGCAGUUGUGUUAUCAUAGUUUUAUAAUAAUUUAUUAAUAUGAUAAAUAUAGACAGAUAAUUCUUGACUUACAGCCAUUCAUUUAGUGAUGAAAGUUAAAAUGGCACAGAAAAAAGUGACUUAUGACUGGUCCUCGCACUUAUGAACCCUGCAGCAUCCCCAUAGUCACGUGGUCAACUUUGGCAAUCUGGGACCAUGUGAUCACUAUUUGUGACCUUCCCAGCUGGCUUCUAACAAGAAAGUCAAUAGGGGAAACCAGAUUCACUUAAUGACUGUAUGAUUCAGUUAAAAAUUGCAGUGAUUUGCAGAAAAUCAUUGCAGAAAAAUAGUAAAAUUGGAUUCACUUAAAAACUGCCUUGCUUAGCAACAAAAAUUCUGGUCCCAAUUGUGAUCAUAAGUCGAGGAUACCUAUAGAUAUACAUAUGUAUACAUACGCACAAACACUGUAAUUUUCAAAUCUCUGUUGUUGAAAAUAUACUAACCUAUAUUAUUUGAAAAAUUUCUGCAGUUCAUGUGAUAUAAAAAAAUAAUUAUUCAUAUCUUUGGCAAUGUUACAAAACAUUUUGCUUGAUUCUAUGAAAUGCCAUUAUGUUGUGAAUCAGAAUUAAAUUUAUGUUGAAUGGGCUUCAGUGUUCACUUCAGACUCAAUUCAAUUCUACCUUUUGCCUUCCAUUCAUCACUUCAGUGUGCAUAUUCAAGUGUCUGUGGAUAAAAAGUGUCUGUUUAUUGUAUAUUCAAGGUUUACUAAUUUAUGGGAUGCAAGCAGUUAGGACUUCUUCCAGUACACACCCCUUCUAAAGCUGUAGGAUUGACUGAGGUGUACCUCCUAUUCGUGUAUUAAUUUAUUUUUCUUGGAUAGUCCCAUAGCUGAGUUAAAUCUAAUGUGCAAUAUUUAUCAAAUUUCCUUUUCUUAUGAAGUUUUUUACAAAAUAAGUAGUUGCAUUACAUUCUAUAGCCCACAUGGAUAUCCAUAUGUUCUUUUUAUAUUAAGUUAUAAAUGUUGGGUGAAAAGUAAUCCAUAGAAUUUAUAGAAGACCAAGACAGUACCUAUCUUACAGUACUUAUUUAAAAAUCAGUAACCAUUACAUUUGCUUUGAAAUUUUCCUGUUUGCAUCUAGGAUUUUUCCAAAGUGGGAGUGGGAGAAGCAUAAGAUUCAAUGUAUCUAACAGAUAUAAAAGUUGAAGAAGAUAUUGUGUAGGAAAUGUGUGAUUCAAGUUUCUUCCCUUACUUCUACAUGAAGUGGCUUCGGUUAUAACCAGAGCCCAUUAAGAUAAACAAAAACCUAGCCCAAUCCUAUACAUAUUUAUUUUAAAUUAAGUACUGUGAAAUAUAUUCAAGGUUUACUCCUAAUGUAACUGUAUAUUCAUGUCAGUGGACCUUGUAACCAUUGACUUCCCAGAUAGAUUUGUGUUGCACUACAUUAUGAUUUGAUUUAAUCACUUGAAAGAAUCUUUGCCCCAGCAUCCCUUUUACAACACUAUAGUUUCAAAAUGGUUGUACUUUGGUUUUGAUAUUUUAAAGGGAAAAAUUGUGCCUUACAAGACUUAAGAUACCCAUUCCAUUUGUAGCCUCUCAGGAAUGUGCUGAAAAAUUUGUUCCACCCUCUCAUUUGAUAUUAUAUUAUUGACAUCUUUAUGUAGCUAUGGAAGCCAUGUUUUUUAAAUUCUUGGUCAGAAGAAAAUUACAAAAUAAUGUUCCAAACAAAGCAUGACAAGAGGAUAUACAUCAGAAUUAGACCUAAUUAGGGUGGAAAUCCAAACUGUAUUGCACCCUUCUAAAACAGGUGAAAUAUCAACUGAAAUUUUAAAUAUACUACUAUAUUAUUCUAUUGCAUUUUCUUAAAUACAUUUUAAUAUUCUAAAUUAUAAUGGUUGAAUGGAAAUUCCAAACUGUUUAGGAUUGGGUGUACAAUUCGUUUGGAAGUUUGCAAACCAAAUUCAUUUUGGUUUGCAAAAAAUAGUUUGGAAGAUCUUGCUCUGAGGGGUAGAGUUAGAAAAAUGAUUUAGUGUAGCAUUUCACUAAAUCUCAGCUUUAACCAUCUAAUUCUAAUUGUUAUUAUGUUCCACUGAAUUCAAUAGGGGUUUACUCAUUAAUAAAUUUCCUAUUAGUUUUAGUGGAAAUUACCAAAUAAUUUUCAUUGGGUUAAGGCCAAUGGCUGAAAUCUGGUCAUAAAUCAUUUAUUUGGUAUUGUAUUGUAGUGUGUGUGAAAACAUUCCUUAUUGAGUAUCCUAUUUUUCCAGAUUAAAAAGUAAUGUUCAAAUUAAAAUAUUUAUAACUGACAAAUUAACUAACAACCACUGUUACUUCUAUCAAGAAUACUGUUGCAGAAUUUAACAUUAAUUUGUAUAGAAAUGACCAUGGGCAAUACUUAGAAUUGUUUUUUGUGUGUUCCAAAUAAAACAACUCUAUCAAAUUAA